GUUUCUGGUCCUCCAAACUUCUUCUCUCCCAAAUUGAGUGAGCAAGUUGCAGAGCACAAACACUUUUCAACAGCUCCAUAGAAAGAUGUCGAGCACUGAGCCAGAGCACGAGCACCGCGAAGAGGAGGCCGAAGUCCACGAAGACGAGGACACCGGAGCUCAGGUGGCUCCGAUCGUCAGGCUUGAGGAAGUUGCGGUCACCACCGGCGAGGAAGACGAAGACGCCGUCCUCGAUCUGAAAUCGAAGCUGUACCGAUUCGAUAAAGAUGGGAAACAAUGGAAGGAGAGAGGAGCUGGAACUGUUAAGCUGCUGAAGCACAAGCAGACUGGAAAGGUUCGCCUUGUCAUGAGACAAUCUAAAACCCUAAAGAUCUGCGCCAAUCACCUCAUUUCGUCUGGGAUGAGUGUUCAGGAACAUAGUGGGAAUGAAAAGUCGUGUCUAUGGCACGCUACUGAUUUUUCCGAUGGCGAGUUGAAGGACGAGCUCUUCUGCAUUAGAUUUGCGUCAAUUGAGAAUUGCAAAACGUUUAUGGAGAAGUUCACUGAAAUAGCUGAAAGCCAGCAAGUAGGGAAAGAGAGCACGGAAGGCGACGAGGCUGCUGGUUUACUUGAGAAUCUUUCAGUUGAAGAUAAAAAAAGUGAAGAGAAAGCCAAAGCCAAGGAAGAAGAAGAAAGCCCUGCAAAGGAAAAGAAGGAGAAGGAAGUAGAGAAGAAAACGGAGGUGAGCACUGGAUCAGAUUAAAUUUGGUCAUGGAUUUUUUUGGCUGUUGGCAUCACAAUGAGUUGCUUUAUUCUUAUAAUAUAUAUUACUUGGCACUGAACAUGAUGGUUGUUGCUUCGAAAGCAGUCAUUCCUUUGUCAUCUCUCAAAGUUUGAGUCUUUUCCCCGUGUUAAAAGAGAAGAGAAUCUUAUGAUUUGUUUUCUUUGUUGUUGUUGCAAGUGUUCGACUUGUGCGGUCUCUUUACUGUGUUGUUUUGGCUCAAGAUAUUAGUAUUCGUCAUCAGAUUAUAAUUAUUGUAGCUUU